AGCAGCGUCCCAACUCGCUUCGGCCCCAUGCCAUACUUUCCCAGCGAGGAGGAGGUGCAAAAACUCAAGGCGUCCGCGCGGUGCGAUCAGCCGGGCGACGACUUGAACAGCGUGCCCUCUGCCUGCCGCUUUCGCUGCUCCUCGCACCGCCUUGGCGACGGGACGUGGGGCCAGGUGUUUGCAGGGCGCCGCAACGCCCGCGGAGCGGCCUCCGAGUUCGCCGUCAAGGUCAUCUCACCGUCUCGCACGCACAACACCAGCUUCACGCCCUCCCAGCUCGUGAAGUCCGAGGGCUACGUGAUGGAGCGGCUCGGCGACCAUCCGAACAUUGUCAAGCUGGUAGCUCAUGGCCCUGCCGCCUCGCUCUUCGCGUCGCCGAAGCGCAAGUCGCUCCUGCGCGCCCCGUGGAGCGAUCCUGCACCCUCUCUGACUGGUGCGCACUGCCUGGUGCUCGAGCGCGUCAGGGGAGGAGAGCUGUAUGCGUUUCUCUCCAAGUUUGAGAGGGCGCACGGGCACCCGCUGCCCGAGGAGACUGCGUGCGAGAUCUUUCGCGGGAUCGCCGCCGGCCUGGCGCACUGCCAUUCGUGCGGCGUCGUGCACCGGGACCUCAAGAUCGAGAACGUCCUCCUCACCAACGACGGAGUCAAGCUCAUCGACUUUGGGCUGAGCCACGCCCACAGCCUCGACUCGGACGGCUCGUGGGCCAACGAGCAGCUCCUCGAUAUCUGCGGCUCGCACGGCUACAUCGCACCCGAGGUUGUGCUCUCGCGCGAGCCCGGCUCGGGCUACGACUCGUACGCCGCGGACGUCUGGUCGCUGGGGGUCUGCCUUGUGGCGAUGCUCGGCGGCUUCCUGCCCUUUGCAGCAGACCAGCGGCGGUUCGCGAGUCAGGUGAGGGUGCUGCGGCACGCCGAAAAGUUGGGCCGAUCGGCGACGAGAGCCAUCUUUGGCUGGUCACCUCGGUGGUGCAAUCUCUCCGUCGGCGCAAUCAGCCUGAUCGAUUCGCUCCUCGCCCUCGACCCUCGCGAACGGCCCUCUGUUGCCGCGGUGCUCCAGCACCCGUGGAUCAGCAGCCACAGCCAUGGCGAGGAGUGCGCAAUCGAGCGCGAGGGACCCACCUCGCCGAUAGGAAGCCACGACCUCGGCAAGCGAUCCGACUCGCCACGGUCAAUUUUGGAGUCGCUCGAUCGAGGCUUGUGACAAGCGAGCGCGUGGUUCUGAUUGACUGCCUGAUGAGUCCUUGCGGACACCACGUCUCAAGGUCUCAUGCCACGUCUGCACAUUUCAUUUCUUGUUCACUACGUUUGUCCAUUAUUGCAAUAGUGUUCUUUCUACCGAACCGAAAGAGAGAAUCAGAGAGAGAGAGAUGUUUUGUUAGAAUCAGAGAAGUCACAAUAUCAGUC